UUUGCUUCGUAGGAAGCGACAUUUGUUAUUCGUCCCUGAUCAGGCCCCAGACUAUAUCAUCCUUUGUGAGAAAAAAUAGGAUUAUAAAUCUGUUGUUUGUUCGACGAUGCUUUGUGACAAAUGUUCCUUGAUUCAAUUCGACUUCUGCGGUACAGCUGGAAGACCGAAAGACUUUAGUUAUUAUAUCCUGCACAAAGAUCACGACUCGUUCCUCAAUUCUGUCGCUUCGGGAUGUCAUCUUUGCAAUCUUAUUAAGGGGCAAUUGAAUACUAAGCAUGAGGAUCAGACCGGGGACGACCAGCUACUCAAGAGCAUGAUUGACUCCACAAACACCAAUCGCAAUGCUAUUUGCGCCUAUUUCAAGGCCUAUAUGAUUAUCAUGGCCGAGCUAUCACCGAGUAAUCAAAGCAUCCAGCGCCUAUCUAUCACCAGUCAGACUGGACAAGGCGAUCUGAAGGCCAUUGACCCCCUGUUAGAGCCGUACUCUCAAGUCUGCCAGCUAGGCUAUCGUAGUAUUGGCUCGGGCUCUCAAGGGUUACCACUGGAUGGUGCUCGUUUAGAGCAUGCGCACUCUGCUCAAAGAUGUCGGGAUUCGGGAUCCGAAUCAGUCUCUGGAGAAAUCCGGGCACCAGAUGGGACUGCGCUCUCACCCGUGCCACUAAAUAUCGGUCUAGCUUGUCUAUGGAUCGACCACUGUCUGCAGAACCAUGAAUACUGUAAAUUCGGUUAUCAACAAUAUAAAGUGAUGGGGGACCGAGUGCCUCCGACACUUCUCAUAAAUGUCUCUACCCCUGAUCGGCCUUUUCUGGAGUCAACAACGGCGACAACAAUCAGAACCUACCUCGCGCUCAGUUACUGCUGGGGAAUAGACGGAAAUUUAAAGACAUUGAAUGAGAAUUACCAGACUCACGAGAAACUGAUACCAGUUGAGAGUCUUCCGAGAACUGUCAGGGAUGCGAUCGAUGUGACGCGCUGGCUUGGCUGCCAGUACCUAUGGGUCGACGCACUGUGUAUCAUACAAGACAAUACCGACAUGCGCGAUAAAGAGCUUGGUAGGAUGGGAGAUAUAUAUAGGCAGGCAUUUCUCACUAUCUACGCCGAGAGAGGCCGAACCUGCACCGAUGGGCUCUUCGAGAACCGAGACCCCCUUCUUUAUCGACCUUGUCAGUUGACCUGGCUAGAGAAGACAGCGGGGGGAGCAGCCACAACCACAAAUACCACAUUGACAGUCAGCUUACCGAGUGUCAACCACCUGCAAAACCGCGGCUGGAUCCUCCAAGAGGAGGUACUUUCCUCUCGGAGGUUAAUCUUCGGAAAUCAGAUGGCCUGGGCAUGCACAGUCGCCACAGCAUUAGAGACACGCCCUGUUCCAAAAGAUGAACGGGACCCCGUGACAAGCUCACUCGGAAGCAGUCUUAGUAGGCUGCGUAUGCGACUGUUUGCGCCACAGCUUACAGGCAGUGCGCUGGGCGAUAUUGCUUCUUCGUGGACGCAGCGAAGAGACAAUUUCGAUGCCUGGUAUUGCAUCGUUGAAGACUAUAGCGGGAGGAACCUAACUUUCGACACUGACAAGCUUCCAGCACUCGGAGGCCUGGCGGCAUCCUUUGCUCGGGUACAAGCAACAACUUACCUUGCAGGACUCUGGAAAGAGGAUAUUCAAAUAGGGCUUGGUUGGUAUGUGGCUACAGAACAAGCUACCCACAAUCUAGAGAAUACCGAGGCGUCCGGACCUACCUGGUCGUGGGCAUCUGCUGGGAAGAUGCGAGUGCGAUUUAGAUAUUUAGAGCCUGACUCGGCCCACCUUGUGUCCAAGGGCAGCCAUGUAGUGAACGCAAGCUGUGCUCCACAGUCUCUACAUCAACCUUAUGGACGGAUACAGAACGGAUAUAUUGAACUGCGAGGUUCUCUUAAGAGGCUGUCUCUAAAAUACAGUCCAGAAUCCUCCCUGAGUGAUCUUCAGAAAGAGAUAAUGCAUCGAGAGUCUGAAUUCAAAGUCGACAGCUUGAUCGCCGCUGCCACCAAUAUACGAGCUCGGUUCCCAGGCCUUAUAUUAGACCCUGGAACAGGAAAAGUCGUUGGCAUGGCGGCCCUCGACCGGCCGCCCCAGGAGGCACCAAGUCCAUUUCAUCAAACACAAACACCGCAACACGCUACCGAAGAAAAGUCGGAGCGGCAAAUCUGGUGUCUACUUCUCAGUGUUUUUGAGCGAUCCUAUAUGGAUGGGACCCUUCUCUAUCUCACAUGCUUGAUUUUGGAGUUUGUUGAUGAUGCCAAGUUUGUUUUUCGUCGAUGUGGCCUGGGUGUUCUGGAUGACAAUGCCUGGUCCCCAACGGAGCUCCCUGACAUAUACCGCGAUGACUCUGUACAACCCCAGUCAGUCAGAAAUGUUACAAUUGUUUGAUGUUUUAAACAAGAGGAUUUGGUGGCUCAAGCCGCUCAAAUCAGCUGAAAUAGGCCCUGACUAUAUAAUGAAAACUUGGUAUGCAU